AUGCACCAAGACGCAGGGCUGGGGUCUGCCCAAGCCUGCCGGGCCCGGCGGUCGGAUUCCGAGGAAGAUGAGGAGCCGGCAAAGAAGCAGCCGUCUUUCCAGGGACACAGUGAGGGAUCUGGCUUGUCCGCGUUGCUUCCGCAGCCCAAGAACUUGACGGUGAAGGAGACAAACAGGCUGCUUCUACCAUAUGUUUUCUCGAAGAAAACGUCGGAGGCCUCCCGGCAAGAGCAGGAGCUCAAGCUGGCCAAAGUCCCAGGGUCCUCCUCCUCCUCUAAGCCCCCGAAGGCAGCCUCUGCUGUGGCCACGACCACUCCCUCCCCGUCCGCCAUCAAGGCAGCGGCUAAGAGCGCCGCCCUGCAGGUGACCAAGCAGAUCACCCAGGAGGAGAACGACAGUGACGAGGAGGUGGCUCCCGAGAACUACUUCUCCUUGUCGGAGCCCCCCACUCUCAGCCCGGAGCCUUUCGCUUACCCGGCGGGGGUCCUGCCGGACGACCUGCCCCCUGGGACGGAGCCCGAGCCGGAGGGCCAGGACGCUGCCGCCAAUGCCCCCCUGGAGUUCAAGACUGCACCGGGAGCAAGCUUGCAAGCUGCUCACGGGUGGGCACCAAAGCCUGGGGAAGACUACGGCAGCCAGUAUCCCGGCAUCGCCAGUGGUUACUAUCAGGAUUACUACACUAGUGGCUACUAUCCGGAAUCUGGGGACCUCGCCAUGGGACCCCCCCAGGAAGUGAGCAGCGACGUCUCCUCUUUCAUGGACGACGAAGCGUUCAAGCGCCUGCAAGGCAAGCGGAACCGCGGGCGGGAAGAGAUCAACUUUGUGGAGAUCAAGGGGGACGACCAGCUGAGUGGAGCCCAGCAGUGGCUGACCAAGUCCCUGACGGAGGAGCAGAACGUGAGGUCCUUCAGCAAGAAAAAAGGGGAGCAGCCCACUGGGCAGCAGCGCCGGAAGCAUCAGAUCACCUACCUGAUCCACCAGGCAAAAGAACGGGAGCUGGAGCUGAAGAACACGUGGGCGGAGAACAAGCUCAGCAGGCGCCAGACGCAGGCCAAGUACGGCUUUUAGGCUGCCCCUGCCCGUGCCCAGCUGGCCCCGGAGCCAGUCCUCUGGGGGGGGCCCCGAGUCCUGCCCCCCCUCCCCGCUGUGUGCUGCAGGAGGGCAAAGGGCGGGGCUGCUUAGCGGCCUGGCGAGGGAAGGACUGGAGGCUGCGGAUAUCCGUUGCCGGCGCUGCCUGCUUCUUCGAUGACGGCACGUGGGACCCGGAAGGGCAUCUCUGUCGGGUGGUGGCCGCGGGGACUCCGUGGUGUGGCAGAACUGGCGGGGGGGUGUUGAACCGUUGUGCGUGCCGACUGCCCGGCUUCCGCCUCCGACUAGUUUCUUUGCUGCGGCCGUCAGAAAAAAAGACGAGGACCGACUGGGAGGCGGAGGCCAGCCCCCUGCACCCUUUCUGGGGAACUGUGCAGCCGAUGCAGAGUCCGAUGGUUCUCUGGAAGGAGCGGUGGAAACAGGAGGUGGAGGCACUUGGCUCUUCCCCCCCCCCCCAAGCAAAAAUUGUUUUUGUGUUCACGUUCCAGGCCGGGCUUCCCCCUCCCGUGUUUUUGUAGCGUAGCAGACAGCGGCUUCAUUCCCGUCUCCCUGUGGGGGAACUGUUCUGACACCAUCCCAGACCUCCACGUCGAGGUGGCAGCAUUGCUUUCGGGAGUUAAUCUCUCCCCCCAAAGCCAUAGGACCCAGGACUGUUACUCCCGAGGUUCGGGCGCACGGGCGGGGGGCAGUGGAGCCCCGCAGCAUCUGGCCGUUUGGGCACACUCACCCCCCCCGGCAGCCUUGCCCCUGUGUUCUUCCGGGGGGUGGGUGGGUCACCCUCUGUGUCCCUUGGAGAAAGCUGCCACCCUUGACUCUGGAGUUCCUGAGUGAGUGGGGGGGUGUCUGUGUUUGGGGAGGGGGCGUUUUUUUUUUUUUUUAAACACCCAAUUUCUAGUUUUAUUUCCCAGGACCUUUUAGUAGGAAAAAAAAUUGCUUUCUUUGAGUAUUCCAAAAAUAAAGUGCUCAUUCAAUAAUUUAUUCGUAUCUUACGAAAUUGUCUGGAAAAGUUUUAUAAAGGAAUAAAACUUUUAAAUGAA